GUGACGGAGCUUGCGCUGUUGGUGGAAAGAGGCGCACCCGCCGCCGGGCUAAGGGUGGAGUUUAAAGGCGGUGGGUGGGGAGGUGGUCCGGUGCAGCUCCCAGUCUCCCCACGAAAGGGUCUCCCGCAACCAUGGCAACCGGCCGGCCUUACGACCUGAUCAUCUUCGGCGCCUCCGGCUUCACCGGCCAGUUUGUGGUGGAGGAGGCGGCCCGGGUGGCGUCGGAGACGGACUCGCCGCGGCCGCUGACCUGGACCGUGGCCGGCAGGAACCGCGUCAAGCUGGAAGGGGUGCUGGAGCGGGCGGCCAGCGCUCUGGGAACUCCGGAACUGAAGUCUAAAGAAUAUGUGGUCUGUGAUAUAAAUGAUCCGCUCUCGCUUGAUGCAAUGUGCCAGCAAGGAUCAGUGAUCCUGAACUGUGUGGGACCAUACAGGUUUUUUGGCGAGCCAGUGGUGAAGGCCUGUAUUGAAAAUGGAACCCACUGUGUUGAUGUUAGUGGUGAACCCCAGUUUUUGGAAGGCAUGCAACUAAAAUAUGACCACCAAGCUGCUGAAAAGGGAGUGUAUAUAGUUGGAAGCUGUGGGUUUGAUUCCAUUCCAGCCGAUAUGGGUAUACUGUAUACCAGGAAUCAGUUGAAAGGUACUCUGACUGCUGUCGAAAGCUUCGUAUUAAUAAAAUCUGGACCUGAGGGCGCCAGUCUUCAUGAUGGAACUUGGCAGUCGGCAGUCCAUGGAAUGUCUGAUCAAGAUAAUUUGAGGAAACUGAGAAGGCAGUUUGGACAUAAACCCCUUCCAGUGAUUGGGACCAAGCUAAGACGAAGAGGUUCAGUAUUUUAUAGUAACACAAUGAAUCAAUAUGCUAUCCCAUUCAUCGGAUCUGAUGCUUCUGUAGUCAAACGCACACAGCGUUACCUGUAUGAGAACUUACAGGAAAGUCCUGUCCAGUAUGGUGCAUAUUCUGCUGUCGGUGGAAUUGGCUCAGUCAUAUUGCUGAUGAUAGCUGGUUUUUUCUUCUGGUGUUUCACAAAGUUUAGAUUGGGGAGAAACCUCCUAAUCAAAUACCCAGAGUUUUUCUCAUUUGGAUAUUUUACGAGACAAGGGCCAACCAAAAAACAGAUGGAAGGGACCUCUUUCAGUAUGACCUUCUUUGGCGAAGGGUAUCAGGAAGACCAAGAUCCGCAGCAAGGCAAGCCUUCGGUAAAAAUCUGCACUCAAGUGAAAGGGCCAGAACCUGGCUAUAUUGCUACUCCAAUAGCUAUGGUGCAGGCAGCUGUCACAAUACUUUGGGAACACAAGUCUCUGCCUAAUCGGGGUGGGGUGUACUCACCAGGAGCAGCAUUCUCUAAGACUACCCUGAUUGAAAGACUGAACAAACAUGGCAUUGAGUUCACUGUCAUCAGCAAGCCUGAAGCAUAAAUGUUCCACAGGUUUUGAGUCUGUUUAGUGUGGCGCUCCACAGCCCUGCUAUUUACUACAACUUCAAGAUUGCACUUAAUAAGAAACCUUUAAUUAACCGCUUUUUAGCAGCAGUUUGCCCAUAUAGCAAUACAUGACCAAGAGUGAUAAACAGUUUCGGAGACUUAGUCUUGAGGAUUCAGAUUCAUUACACUUUCUUGUAUUCUGUUCUAAUGGUAAUUAAACUUGUUGAAUGUAAACAUUU